AUGUCAGACGAUGACAAUGAGUUAUCGCAUGAGGAAGCUCGCAUGAAGGAGCUUCCAAAGAGGACCAGUGGGGCAGACGAGGGCGACAAGAAGGAUGACGAAGAGUCUCCGUCUGAAAUGGCAGGGAAAGCAAAGGAAUUUCUGGAGGAUCUGAAUGAGAACAGCGAUGACACCGCUGAAAUGGAUACUCAAAAGAUGCCUGAUAUGAAUGACAAGUCGGACUCUGGAAUCGCAGCAGUCUCUAUCGGAGGACCAGAACCAAAGAUACCGAAACCGCCAGCAUCCAACAGAAAAAAUCUUCACAACAAGUUUACAGAGUCUGUCAGCUCGUCUCGAGAUUCAAGAUUGAGCGAGGGAGAGGCUUCUAAGCUCCAUGGAUCGCCACUCACCCGUUUCAGUGCAGGAUUGACUGACCUCAGUGAUGGCAUCUUUCGCCAUGGAGGAGAUGAUGACGAUCGAGAAAAAGUUGCCUCCUACGAUAAGAUCAUGUGGCUCUUCUUUAUACUUUCCUUUACUGGGGCAUUUAUGUUGCUUAUUGGCGUCAUUGCACCAGCACCUGCACAAAAAGCUGCACAGCUGCCACUGGUUGUCGGAAAUACUUCAACCGACUGCGAUGAAAUUAUUGCCACGCUCGACGCCAGCGAAUUUGUCGAUAGCUCUGCCUUGGAAGAUGAGAGCUCGCCUCAGAACAAGGCUAUGCAAUGGAUUUGUGAACAUGAUCCUGCUAAGCUGGAUGCCGGCGAUCCGGGAUUUCUCACUCGGUAUGCACUCGCUGUCUUGUUCUAUGGAACUUCUGGUCGAUCACCUACCGCGACAAGUGUCGAGAAAACUGAUUGGAUCAAUCACGACAGCUGGUUAACUGGCGCUGGGUACUGUUCCUGGUUUGGCAUUACAUGUGUGGACGAAGAAGACAAUUUGGAACUGGAAGUCAAUGGUGAAAUUCUAAAAAUUGAACUGACUCAAAACUUUUUGAGUGGGAAAAUUCCGGCCGAACUUUCCGCAAUCUCGGAUGCUUAUGGCUUUCAUUUCGACUCGAACUUUCUGUAUGGCAGCAUUCCGACUUCUCUUGGCCUUUUGACCAAUCUUCGCAAAUUGCUCGUAUCCGAUAACAAAUUGAACGGGAGCAUUCCUUCCGAACUUGGAACCAUGGUGAAACUUCGAGAACUAGGACUAGCGGCAAACAAAUUGACAGGAGAGAUACCAGAAACGUUGGAUCAGGCCACCCACUUGCAUUACAUUGCCUUGGAGGAUAACCAUCUGAAAGGAACUAUACCUGCUGCCAUUUUUAGGUCGUUGACUGCUUUGGAAACAUUUCACGCCAGCAACAAUGAGCUCACAGGAAGCAUCCCAGAAGAACUAUAUGAUAGCACUUUCCUCUCGACCGUUCGACUAUCCGAAAAUGAGCUGUCGGGACCACUUUUGAAAAAUCUUGGGCAAAUGGUCAAUCUUGAGAUUUUGCAUUUGACUGGCAAUCAUUUCAACGGACCAAUUCCCGAUGCAUUCUCCGAAUUGGACCUUUUGAUCGAGUGUAAGCUGGGGCAGAACGAAUUCACUGGCGAUAUUCCUGUUUCGUUGGGUGAGAGUCUGGCAUUGACUGAAUUGACGUUCGAGGGAAAUACCUUGAUGGGCGAUGUUCCGGAAGAAAUCUGUGCCUUGACCGAAAUUGGAAGUUUGGAAUUUUUGACUGCCGAUUGUUACACUGAGGGGGAAGAUGGGGGUGUACUUGAUGGUGUGGUCUGCGAGUGCUGCACUGAAUGCUUCUGA